UGAACCCUGUAAAUAUGAUCAAAGAUGAUAAUUAUCAGUUAAAUGCUUUGACAUGUGGUUACUUGCAUUUGUAUAGAAUUAUUAUGCAGGAAAAAUGUCUGACAAGUCUCUAAGUUAAAAUAAAUUUUAAUUGCAGGUCUGAUAAAUAUAUUGACUGAAGUGGGAUGCUACUGAAGAUUGGCAACUUCUGUUUGCUUCAUGGAGAACCUGUGUAUUAGAUGAUGGCUGUCAGUCUUGUGAUACUCAGUCGAAAACCAACCCUACUUCCAUUUCAUGCUGUAAAGAAAACUUCAUGCCACCCAGUAAGGAGAAAAUAUAAAGAUAAAAUAGAAAAAAGAAAACAUAGACUUUGGAAAUGGCAAGUUAUUCAAGGAAGUGUAUUUUAUAAAACUCUGCAAGCUGCUUCUGUGAAUGAAAUCUUAUUAUUCAUGUUAAAAAAGUAUUGGUGCUGUUUUCACAAGGACAUUAUAUCAAACUUUUACUUUUGUUUAAAUAUCUGGAACAGCAAAAACAAAAAAAAUCAGAAUUUUAUUCACCAUAUAUUAUCUUCUCAUAGCAAUAUAAAAACUGGUAAUUUAAAGACAAGUGAAGAUUACAUCUUGCAUAAUAGUUCAUGUAAUUGCUACAGUAAAAUUUCUGCUACUGAAAGCAAUACGGUAACAUAUAAGCUGAUGUCUCCUUAUCAUUAUAAAUGUAAUUGUUUAUUAUCCGAGUGCCAUAUUUGUAAGGACUUUUUUCAUAAACAUUCUGAUAAGGUGCAUAAAAGUUCACAGGUUAAAAGAAAACAGAGCAAUUCUUUUGAUCAAGAAACUGUUACCAUUAAUUCUGUAGAAUUUCAUGUGCCUGACAUUAGUCCAAAUAAAGCAAAUUCCGAUGAAUUGGACUGGAAGAAACUUGAGCAGUUGUGCAGUAAAACCUGGUCAACAUUUCUGGUCACUGAUCCUGCAUUUAGCUCUAAGAAACGAAAAUUAGAUGUAUCAUCUGUAGAAAGUGCCAGUCCUAUGUCUUCUCAUCAUCAUAUUCUUAAAUCUGGAGAUUCUCAUCACAAUCUGGCGAUUCAGCAUAAUUCAGUAUCACAAACCUCAAAAACUAACAGCGGUGUUUUUCAUUAUGCAGAGUCUGAUCAGGCAACAAUUGAUUCAUGUCAAGUAUUAUUUGCAUCAGCAGAAGAUCAGGAAAUUCAUCACCACAGCCUCAAAUCUGGUGACUAUCACACUCAAAGUUUACAGAUUCCAAGUCACAGCCACAGUAAUUCUGCAUCGCAAAUUUUAGUUACUGAGAAAUGUGUUUCUUCUUUAGAAUCUGAUGAGACAUCAGUUAAUACAGAUAAAAUAUCAGUUGCACCAGAAGAUCCUCGCCUUCAUUUUUAUCGGAACCAUAAACAGAAAGAUGGCAUUUCUCUGAAGCGGGUGAAAUGGAGUUUCUGUCAUAAUAAUAGAACUAACAGUAAUUGUGGUUAUGCAUAUUCAAAAAAUAGUCCUGAAAAAAAGCAAGUUCAGCAGCUUUGCAUAAAUGGCUAUUCAUUACAAGAUCCUCGUCUUACACGUGGUGUUACAGCUAAGCAUUUUCAAAAGGUUAGUAGUACUGCAAGUUACAUACAACAUGAAAUAAAAUUUCCCUUCCAUGUAUCAGAACUGGAAAAUAAAAGUUCACAUAAAAGUAAUACACCUACUAAGUAUAUGCACAAACAAGUUUGCAGGUUAGAAAAUGAAAACAGAUAUGUAAAUCAAAUUGAAAAAUACAAAGAGAAGUCAAAAGAAACUAGAAACUUAUCUGAUGUUAUUUUAUCUGAACAAAAUAAAGAUUUAAUUGAACAUGAGCUGGGAAGUGAAAUCAGUGUUGAGCACUAUCAUUUGAAAGGUGAAAUAAAAUCUGAUAGAAAAUUGCAGUGCGAGUCUGUUUCUCCAUCUUCAAAAAAAGCUGAUGUAAAAAAAGAUUUCAGUAAUUUAAUAAAUGGUUAUCAGAAAGAACAUCCCACAAAUAAAAUGAUGCAGUCUGUUGAUGAAGCUUCGGAUGGAAAAAGCAAGCCAAAAAACUCAUUAAAAAAAUCUAAAUGUAUUAGAGCUAGAAGUUUCAAAAAGAAUUUUCAGAAUAGAAAUUCAUUGCUUGCUUCUAGUUCUGCUAUUUCCACAGAUGAAAGCGUAACAGUUGAACAGCAGGCUGCAGAAAAUGCUGAGGUUUCUAAAGAAACAAUUUUAGCCAUUUUAAUAAAUGUUGCAAAGAAUGAGACUGCAUCAGCUGCUGUUUCAAAUAUUUCAUCAAAUAGUUUAUUAAAAUUAAAUUUGAAAUCUAAUAGUGCAUGCUCAUCUGAACUGCAGGGAAUGUCAGUAUCAUCAGUCAGUAAUUCAUCAAGAAAGCAUGAUAUAAAAGAAAUGUCGGAUGUUUUAAGACUCGGUAUUACAUCUCCCAUUCCAGUAAUUACAGAAAGUAAAGGAAUUUCUCCUAAUCAAAUGCAGACUUUAUUACAAAUAGAGAGUGCAUCUCCAAAAUGUGAUACUGAAGAUUUAGCUGUCAGUUUUGCUUCAGUACAUGCUGUAAAUUCGGAUGAAGGAAUUGAUCAAAAAUUAGAAUCUGUUCCACUAUUUGAAAGUUAUGAACAAAAAUCGAGUUCUGUUUCCCAAAGUCCACUUGUAAAUUCAGUGAUUCCAAAUGAAACUGAUUUGAAAGAAGUAGCACCAAAUUCUGUAGGUAGAGAGUGCAUUUCCAAAAUGUCCACAAAUCCACAAAUAGAGAGUGCAUCUCCAAAAUGUGAUACUGAAGAUUUAGCUGUCAGUUCUGCUUCAGUAUAUGCUGUAAAUUUGGAUGGAGGAAUUGAUCAAAAAUUAGAAUCUGUUCCACUAUUUGAAAGUUAUGAACAAAAAUCGAGUUCUGUUUCCCGAAGUCCACUUGUAAAUUCAGUGAUUCCAAAUGCAGCUGAUGUGAAAAAAGUAGAAUCAAAUUAUGUAGGAAAGCAUUUCCCGUCUGUUGGUACUGAAGAUAGUACAUCUCUAAAAUGUGAUGUUAAGGAUGUGAGCUGUUCUUCAGAAAAUGCUGCCAAUAUGAAUAGACAAAUUUUUCAAAAAUUAGAAUCUGUUCCACUGUUUGAAAGUCAUGAACAAAAGUCAAAGUAUGUUUCCCAAAGUGCAUUUGUAAAUUCAGUGAUUCCAAAUGCAACUGAUAUGAAAAAAGUAGCACCAAAUUCAAAGCAUUUUCCAUCUAUUGAUAUUGAAGAGAGUACAUCUCUAAAAUGUGAUUUUAAGGAUAUGAGCUAUUCUUCAGAAAAUGCUGACAAUUUGGAUAGCGAAAUUUUUCACAAAUUAGAAUCUGAUCCACUAUUUGAAAGUCAUAAACAAAAAUCAAAUUCUGUUUCUCAAAGCCUGCUUAUAAAUUCAGUGAUUCCAAGUGAAGCUGAUAUAAAAAAGAUAGCAUUAAAUUCUGUAGCAAAGGUUUUUGAUACUGAAGAGAGUGUAUCUCUGAAGUGUGAUACAAAAAGUGAUAACUGUGCUUCACACUCUUCCAAUCUGGGUGGACAAAUUUUUGAAAAAUUUAAAUCUGUUCCAUUAUUUGAAAGUGAUAAACAAAAAUUAAAUUCUGUUUCUCAGAGCACAGUUAUAAAUUCAGUGACUGCAAAUGAGGCAGAUAUAAAAAAGUUAGCAUCAGAUUGUGUUGCAAAGCUUCUUCCUUCUGUAGGAUUUGAUACUGAAUGCAUUCCUGUCAAUGAAAUUACAGAUAGCCUUGCAAAACUCGCAUUUAUCACUCCUGAUAGUCAAGAAUUGCAUGUAUCAAAUAAUGUUACUGGUAUUAAAAUAACCCAGUCAGAUACUAAUAUUGAUUCAGAAAAUGUAAAUAUUAAGUCAAAUGCUAAUAAACGCUUAUUGAUAUUUAAAUCAGAUUGCAGUGAUUUGCAUUCCUCAAACACUUAUUCCGAAAAAACAAAUAAGAAUAUAAUGUUAAGCGUGGAUAUAUUUGAGGAAAAUGGAGCUUUAGAUCGUUACUACAAGCAUCUGAGUGGUAUGGGCUUUCAUACUUUAGACUUAUCUCAUAUAACUAAAGAUGUAACAUUGCUAGAUGGCAAAAGUUUAGAAUCGUUUUAUUUCUUGCGUGAACAGCUUCAUUAUCAUGAGAGUGUACUAAGAGGUCUUGUCCACCAAGCAUCUGAACCAGGAACUGACUGUGGGUGGGAAAUUGCUCGAAAAAUAACUGAAGAGCUGGAAUAUAUUGAAGGAUAUGAGGUGGCAUGUACAGUUAUGUUUCUUUAAAUCUGUGAUAUACAUAUCUUUUUAAAAAUUUAUAUGCAAGCAGCUCAGGUUGUUCAAUAGUCCAUGUAGAGAAUGAUUUUCUGUGAUUUUUUUUUAUUUAAAUUCAAUGUGAAUGUAUAUUUUGAACAAAGUAUUUGUUUCACGAAUCAUACUCAGUGUAAUUUUUUAAUGUCAGUAUGUCAUGUUUGUUGCUGUACUAUAAUGUGUAUAUUUUUUUGUUUAAUAUGUACAUUUUCUGCUUUUAUGCUCAAAAACCAAAGAUUUAUAUCACCUCGCUGCAUUUGUACAUAUUGUGUAAAAACUAUACAUAAUUUGCCAUUUGAUUGUUGUUAAGCAACAAUAUGAUGUAUAGCUGCUUUCAAAAUAAAAUUAUGUUCAUAUGUUAUUUACUGGAGACAUAUUUGGCAAUAAAGUACAUAAUUAUUAUUUAAAAUGCAGUAAUUAUUAAAUUGUAUAUGAAAAUUCACUUAUGUACAAAUUGUGGAUAAUUGUUGUGAAGAAAAGUGAUAUAUAAAUAGUCAAACUUGCAUAGUCUUCAGUCUCAUGAUGUAAUAUGCAUAUGUCUGAAAUGUUUGUAGUGCUCUUCACUUCUGAGGAAAUGAUCAAAAUAUUCUUAAUGCAGCUUUAUUGUUGAAAACUGGUAAUGUAAAAAAUAUUACAUGUGUAGAUUCACAAACUUGUAUUUAAAAUUCAUUUAUGAUUUGCACAGUUAUUGAACAUUAAAAUUUUCUGUUACGGGGUUUAAUAAUUUUCUGUUGCAGGGUUUAGCAAGAGUUUUGAUGAUUAUAAUUUUGCUGUUCACUUAAAAAUUGUUAUUUAUGGUGCAUUUUAAAUGUCACUCAGUUUUUGUUCAAAUGUUUGGUUUACAUAAUUAGUGGUAUUUGUUUGAAUCCAUUGAACGUUGAUCCUUAUUUUUGUGCUACAUUUAAAUUGUAAAUGCCUGAAUCUAAGCAAAGAAAAGAUGAAAGUUUGUUGUUGUGGGAAAACUGACUUUAACAUUUAUUUUAUAUAUGAACGUUAGAUUGGUUAUAUUUUUCUAUAAAAUGUGUAGCGUUAUUUGUGUAUAUGAGUUUAUUAAAAACCCUUUUGUAUUUUGUAUUAUAAGUCUUUGGCCAGUAAUUCUCAAGGAAAUUUUUAAAAGUGUGUAAAGAUAAAAUGCCGUAAAUAGAAAUAUGGGUUGUAAAUGGUAGCUAUUACUUAAGUACAGUGAACUUGCUAAAUAUUUUAGUGUAUUUAUUAUUUUAUAUAUUUUGAAAUUUUUUCCUUCAAUGGUCAGUAUAUUCUAUGAAACGUAUUAUUUAAGUUAUGAAAAAUUUAAUCUUUUGUUUAGCAUUAAAUGCUUUGUUUUCAUAUGUGCAAUACGUUGUUGGUGACAAAGUCAUAAAUGAGUUUGGCUGUUCUCAACAAAGCCUUAAACUUGUGCUUGGAUUAUAAAAAAGGUCUCUAAUGUACUUAUUAAGAUACAGUUUUAAGUAGAAAUUUUGAUUGUAUCAUUAGUAAUUUUUCUAUAAUCUGGUUUUAAACGUUUACAAGUUCAGUUUAUGUGCAGCUAGUUCAUUUGUAUCCACGUGACUCUUUAAGCGAUAGAAUCUAUACAGUCAAAAGUCGUUAAUCCGGACUCGUCGGGACUUCGGCGAUUCCGGAUUAUAGAUCAUCAGUUUAAAUCUGAUGACAUGCAGAAAUUACAAAAUUAAAAAUAUGAAACCGUAAU